AUGCCGCCGCCACAUCGAGAACCGCGUCGAGUCGGUGAUCCUCGCAGUGGUGGACCCGGAGAUGCCAGCCUGUCGAGGGCCGAGAAAUUCGAAGACGAGAAGAAACGAAUUACGCAGAGCUGCUUUGCUAAAAAGGAGAGCGAUGGUACUUUGGUCGAGUCCUACAUAACACAUGUGCGCAUAACAGAAGAUGCUGCCUACCCUUCCAGUCCUCCUCCCCCGAAUUCGCCAUCCGAAAAUAGAAAGGCUCGUGUGAUUAUUGUCGCCGUGAGAAAGUCGGGCAGAGUGCGCAUGCACAAGGGAAGGGAGAAUAAUGACGGGUCAUUCUCCGUAGGAAAGACGUGGAUGCUCGACGACCUCUCUUCGAUCCUGUCAUAUUCCGCCUGGAUGCCCCCGACGCCAUUAGAGCAGCAACACAAACAGUGGGCUGGGAGCGUUGGAUUUGUGGUUACUAUUGGAAAGCCUUAUUACUGGCACGCUCGGACCCCAAAAGAGAAGGAGUUCUUCAUCGGGAGUCUGGUUAAAAUUUACAGAAAGUACACUGGUGGUAAAGUUCCAAACCUUAUAGGUUUCGAUGACCGCGAACGCCAGAUGCUUGUUGGGGCUGCACCAGCAGGGCCUCCAGGUUCUUCAAGGGGCCCUGUGCCGCCGCCUAUACGCCCGGAGGGCCCGCCGUCUUCACACAGCAGUCGACCCCAGUCGCCGUACACGGGUCGAGCUCCUAGUCACGAUGGACCUCGAGCGCAUCCACGGCCACCCGAUGAUCAGUCGCUACGAGCUCAGAGGAGUAGGGAUCAGAUGCAAAGACCUUCUACCGGCCAGUCGGGCAAGGUUGCCACGCCGCCUCUCAGCCAUCCGCCAGUCUUCCCUGAUCAACCACCACCUCGUGCUGAGCGCCGCGCGGCCGAUAGGGCACCUAAAACGCCACCAGUGCCAGUAUACCCGGAGAAGAAAUAUAGGGAUCCCGAAGAGAGCAGCUUGGCUAGCUCACAUUUCGACGCCCAGCCUCCCCCAUCACGUGAUGGGAGGAUGCCGGAAGCAAGGCCAUAUCUUCGGACCCAAGGGUCGAUUCCAAGUUCACCAGAUGUGAAGCGCAGCACGGAUGGUCUCCGACCGACCACUCCGGGGUCUGUUUCAGGAGAGACUCGAAAUAUUCCACCAAGUCCUGCGAGCAGUUUGGGCCAGAAGUCACCUCUCAAUGAUGCGAACGAUAAAAUGUCCACUCUAGAACCAAGCGGAUUGUCCCGAGGAGUCGAGUCUCCAAAAAUAUCGACUGAUAUUCCUCCAAUCGCUCCAUUCGAGCCCGAGCCAGCAGAUAACCAUGCCCCUAAGGUGCCCGUGCAGACGACAGCGGCCGAUCUUCCUCCAGUAGAGCCUGGGCCGAAGGAAGCCGUUCCAGAAGCAAUUCCGCCAGUCGGUCCUCCAGAGCCCGAGUCCCUGGAAGAGGAUCCUGAGGCGCAUCGUCCUGGACUUGGUCCGAUGAUUAAAAAGAAACAGACCAAAGAUUUGGCAGGCGCUUUCCGGAAAGCUGCCACUGCAUAUGGAGCGUUUAAGCCGAGACCGGGGGGUGCUGGUGAGAGAUUGAUGGCUGCAGCCAAACAGCAAAGGGGCGAUCCGGAGGAGCCGGAUGGGAUUACUGGUGUUGUUCCUGCUCCAUCGCUCCGGCCCAACACAGCCACCCAGAGCCCAGUCAGUGAAGUUCCUUCGACCCCAACACUUCAAACACCGGAGACUGAGGUGCCGCCUCCUGUUUCCCCAGCUAAGGAAACGCCACCUCCUCUGUCGCCGGCGAGAGAAACACCACCACCGACUGUUGAGAUUACGCAGGCGGUUGCCGAAGAGCCAGCGACUCCAACAAUCGAAGUGCAAGAAGAGCCCAGAGAUACUUCGCGGUCCACCGUGCAAGUUCCCGUCGAUCAGAGAUCACGGUCAGCAUCGCCGUCUCCCCAUGACCGUAACCGCCGACGUCGUGAGGACAACACGAUCAAGUAUUGCCUGGCGAUUGGAAUUGACCCCAAAGUUUUGGACGGCCGUGGCGUCGACUUUGACGAUAUUUUGACCGAUCUUGGCUGGAAUGGACGGCUCAGUGAUGAGAAGCGGAUUGAGGACCUCGAAGCCGAUGUUCGUCGUGAGAUCGGACGAGUAGAAGCGACCAGCUGGCUGGGCAACCUUGAGCAGCAGGAAGGGAAGGUUGAUCAACUAGCUAAGCUGAUUGACAAGACCGUCGAAGAGUGCGAUGAGCUAGACGGCCUUCUUACGCUGUACUCGCAUGAACUUAACACACUCAAUGAUGAUGUGUCGUAUAUCGAGGCGCAAUCUCAAGGAUUGCAAGUCCAAACGGCUAACCAGAAGCUUCUACAAAACGAACUACAUAACCUGUUGCGGACACUCUCUAUCUCGCCGUCUGAGCUGCGGUCAUUGAAGGAGUCAUCACUUAGCAAUCCAUCUGGAUUGAGGGACACCGAACUUGCUUUGUCGACAUUGUACAGAGCUAUGCACACGAUUGAUUCUGAUAUUUGGCAGAAUAAGCAGCGAUUGGUCGAUGCUGCGGGGCAGCACGGCAGUGUGGGAGUGUACGCGGACACAGAGAUCGGGCAGAUGCGUGCCAUCAAGGAAAAGAAGGAGGAGUACCGCAUCGAAUCCCGGUCAUUCUUGCAGCGACUUAGACAGUUCAUGGGGAUUGCCUACAAGGUGGCCGAACAGAAGAGGAUUGAUGCUGCUGCAGGCAGCCCGAAGGACCCUUUAAAACUCAAUAACAAGGCCCGCGAUGCCUUCCGCCGCGAAUUGUGGGUGUACAAUGCCUUGACACUCUUCGCGCGAGAAGUCAGUACGUCAGAAUGGAACGGGUUGAUGCAGCUGUAUGAGCAACAAGCCAAGGCACCGUACCAGGGAGAGUUCCGCGACAAUAUCCAGGCGUGGAAGAAGGCUUCGAGAAAACUUACAGGAGAGGAGCAGGAACUCCUCUUCACUCAUCACGACAAGGAGAAAGAAACCCAGGGUGUUACUGGGAUGGCUGCUCGGAAAUUAACAGUGAAGCGGGGCAAGACCAUCAAGGCUGCAACAGGUCUCCGGCUUUCCUCUGGCGAGAAGCACCAUGGGAAAAUGGAUCCGUGCGAAGUUUUCGCUGGCACGCUGCAGGAGACCUUGGAUAUGAUUUGCGAGGAGCAAAGUUUCGUCGUGCACUUCUUUCAUUUGGAUUCGCUUUCAACUGUCGAUUUCCCUGAUCUGGUGGCUUCCGCUGCUCCUGGCGAGCGCCGAUACCCGGACUUUAGCGCCAAACAGUCUCACGAUCCCGAUCGGGCAAUGGCACGGAAGGUUGAACACAUCAUGGACGAGGUUUAUUCCUUCUGGCCCAACGAUAUGCAAAAUCUCGUGGAUUGGGCCAUCCAGGCUGAUCCUUUACAAGGGAUUGGUAUUCUGUUUGCGUUGGAGAAAUCAAUGUCCGAUCUUGAUGAUACGAACCAGGAUUUCAUUAUCCAUUCUCUUCAGAAGCUUCAUUCCCGUUUGGUGGGACUGUUCAAUCGGUUUGUGGAUGAACAGAUCCGCGGUAUUGAAGAUACCAAGGUGAAGAUCAACAAGCGAAAGGGGGUGAUUUCAUUCAUGCGGGUCUUCCCCAACUUCUCUGCGGCGGUGGAGAGUAUGCUGACGCACCCAUCGCAAGAGUUCUGUGAUGUGCGGGUCAGCGUCAACGAGGCGUACAACCGCAUCAACCGGGCUAUGUGGGAGUCAUUGAAGUUCAUUGCCAAGGAGGCCCCUGGACCCCCAGGCGCUGCCGCAGUGGGCGGUGCCGGAGGAGACCCCGAGGACAAGGAAGCGCUCAACUACCACAUUCUACUGAUCGAGAACAUGAACCACUACAUCGAGGAGGUGGAUGUACGUAACCUCUUGGUGCUGGAACAAUGGCGCGACCGGGCACACCAAGAUAUGGCGGAGCACAUGAAGCUCUACCUGGACGCUGUGAUUCGACGACCGCUGGGCAAGCUGCUGGAAUUCGUGGAAACUACAGAGGGCCUGAUGGCAACCAGCACAGACAUUGCGAACCGGCCUAGCCACACGCGCUCCGUGGUGAAGAAGGUCCUGGCGACCUACGACACGAAGGAAAUCCGACGCGGCAUUGAAUUGCUUAAGAAGCGUGUAGAGAAGCAUUUUGGUGAUGCAGACGACCCGGGACUCAGCCGCAACCUAGUACUGAAGGUAUUUGGGGAGUGCGAGCGCCGGUAUGAAGAUGCACACGAGCGCACGCGACGGCUGCUGGAGACGGUGUACGAGGGCCAGCUGGAGCAGGACUGGCGCAAGGAAGAUGCGAUUGCCAUGUUCCGACGGACAUAG